AAAAAGAAAGAAAGAAAAAAGAAAAGAAAAGGCUAGAUCUUCUGCCUUCAGAAAAAGUCAGUGUAGCUCCCAGUAAACAAAUAGGCCCACCCAUUUACUUUACUUCCCCUCCUGAUGACCAGGCAGUGUCUUUCUAGUUUGGGUUUUAAUAUGCACACCAAGCACCCAGGGCAACCACCUCCUCCCUAUUGGGAAAGUCUCUCUCUAUAUACACAAGAUCACCUACAGCCUCUGCGAGCCCCCACACUGCUCCCCCACACUGCCGAAUCCAAAGAGCAGAGGCCUCCGUAUGAGAGCAAGAGCGGGCGUCCCAGUUCAGUUAAUUGAAGUUCUGCCUCUUUCCUGCUAAACUUUUCCCCCAGUCUGCCUCCGCCAGCCCCCUCGUCUGAUUACAUCUAGUAAUUCUCCACUGAAUGAACGUCAUUUACAAUAGUGGAGGAGCUCUGAGCUCGCCGCUGCUUCACGCUCCAUUUGCCCUCCAUUCUCCCUUUAAAGUGCUCGUGUAAUAUUAAUAGUCAUGAAUAUCAAUUAUUAUGAGGCGGUGUAGGCAAGCGGAGGGAGGAAGGGGCGCCCAAGCAGUCUGAGCCUAGCUUCGGGUGGAAGAGGUCUGUAUCUGGAGCCCCCAAAGAACCCGGCGAAGAAAAGAGGCCAAAAAGACGAUGUUAGUCCACACCUAUUCAUCCAUGGACCGGCACGAUGGCGUCCCAAGCCAUAGCUCGAGACUCUCUCAGCUGGGCUCUGUGUCCCAAGGACCCUACUCGAGCGCCCCACCGCUGUCCCACACACCAUCAUCGGACUUCCAGCCACCCUACUUCCCGCCCCCCUACCAGCCGCUACCCUACCACCAGAGUCAAGACCCCUACUCCCACGUCAACGACCCCUACUCCCUGAACCCUCUGCAUCAGCCCCAGCAGCACCCCUGGGGACAACGACAGCGCCAAGAAGUGGGUUCAGAAGCCGGCUCUCUCCUGCCCCAGCCCCGGGCGGCCUUGCCCCAGCUCUCGGGCCUUGACCCCCGAAGGGACUACCACUCUGUCCGCCGGCCGGACGUGCUGCUACAUUCGGCGCACCACGGCCUGGACGCCGGCAUGGGCGACAGCCUCUCGUUGCACGGUCUUGGGCAUCCCGGCAUGGAAGAUGUGCAGUCAGUUGAAGAUGCCAAUAACAGCGGCAUGAACCUACUGGACCAGUCAGUCAUUAAAAAAGUUCCUGUCCCUCCCAAAUCUGUGACUUCUCUAAUGAUGAAUAAAGAUGGCUUCUUGGGAGGAAUGUCAGUCAACACCGGCGAGGUAUUUUGCUCAGUCCCAGGCCGUUUAUCUCUACUCAGUUCAACUUCAAAAUACAAAGUGACUGUGGGAGAAGUUCAGAGACGGCUCUCACCCCCUGAAUGCCUCAAUGCGUCUCUCCUUGGCGGCGUCCUCAGAAGAGCCAAAUCGAAAAAUGGGGGGAGAUCCUUGAGAGAAAGGCUAGAAAAAAUCGGUUUGAAUUUACCCGCGGGCAGGCGCAAAGCAGCAAAUGUCACGUUACUCACCUCCCUGGUGGAAGGGGAAGCCGUUCACUUAGCUCGGGAUUUUGGGUAUAUUUGCGAAACAGAGUUUCCUGCUAAAGCCGUGUCUGAGUAUUUGAACAGACAGCACACGGACCCCAGUGACCUGCAUUCCAGAAAGAAUAUGCUGCUGGCCACCAAGCAACUUUGUAAAGAAUUUACGGAUCUGCUGGCGCAGGAUCGGACCCCGAUCGGCAACAGCCGGCCCAGCCCCAUCCUAGAGCCUGGCAUCCAAAGCUGCCUCACGCAUUUCAGUCUCAUCACGCACGGCUUCGGCGCCCCGGCCAUUUGCGCUGCGCUCACGGCCCUGCAGAACUAUCUCACCGAGGCGCUCAAAGGCAUGGACAAGAUGUUCUUGAACAACACCACUAACAGGCACACGUCUGGGGAAGGCCCAGCUUUACCCGCAUGGUUUAUGAGCUUCUUCAAAGAAGACUUGGGCUUCCUACACAAUCUAUAAGGUACUGAGAAAAAAAAAAAAUCCGAUCCCUUUAAAGUCAAAGUCUGUGUGUCAGAAUUCAGCAGGUUCACUUCUUUAAAGAAGCUCAAAGGGAAUCGUUUAGGAAGUGGCCAGUAUGGUGGUGGGGCGGCGGGGGCGGAGGGCGCAGCUUUGAAUCUCGCUUAUGCUCCUCAACUCGGGGAUUUCCACAGGGGUAGGGCACUGUAAAAUGCCAUUUAAGGGAGUAAGGUUUCUUGGGAACCUAUAUUCUAAUAGUGUUGUCUACGCUGAAAAAUGAGUUGCAUUUUCUUGGGCUCUUUGGAGAUCCUUGUUCUAAUGGAGCAAGAAGCAGCAUUGCCGAUGUAAUUGGGGAAGACAGUCUACAAACCACCGUGAGCUUUAUGAAUGAAGCAGUUUCCUCCUGUCAGACAUAGACAUGUUUUGGCACAAAAUGGUUAACACACACCACCACCACCACCACCACCACCACCACCACCACCACCGCCACCACCACCACCAAGCAAAGUGAAAGGGCUUGUAUUUCAGCUUUGAAUUCCUGUCUGGAUAUAUUGGGGAUAUUCCCAGUGGUUGAGGUCCCAUGCGUUUGAUGUAUCUCACUUUCCUCACCCCAAUGUUUUUACUCAUACUCCAUCUUAGCAUUACCAUGAAAUAAGUAAGCCCUGCACCUUUAGCAAGAGCAGUGAGAUCCUCUGAGUAUUUGGUUGAUGAAAUAAGUAGACUCAUUUAGUGUGGGUACACUUGUUUCUUUUCAACAACCCAGGUGGAAUCUUUGCAAAAUCUAUUGGGAUUAAAAAAUUCAGAUGUUUUCCGCGAUUUACAGAGAGCUCUCCCCACCCUAAAUGAUCUGGACCCUCAGUUUCCCCAACUUUCUUCAGUCCACCGUAAAGCAGAAGCUUUAGGGGCCCUCUGAGGGCUUUGCUUUGAGCGUUUACUUGAGGGAAAGGAAAAUCUUGCAGUGAGUUUGAGGUCACUGGAGGUUGUAAGCAACAGUUGAGGGCAGGCAAACAUCCCAUCUCCUAGCUCCAGCUGCUUCCGAGGCCCGUGGGUUUUCAGGACACAGCCCUAGCCAAACUGAAAGGAGUACAAAGGGCAGGGAAAAGACCUUGUGGGAACUACAGACUCGCAUCUUGCCUCAGUUUAGAAACCCGCCCCUUUUGUCCGAGGGCCUGACGCUUGCAUUAGUUGAAUUCUGAUUGCACAAGGCCAGCAGAAAACACACUGAAAACAUCAUCUCCUUUCCUUACAGGGCAACGCGCCCCACGCGUGUGACAUCGAGAGACGCGAUGGACGCGCCUUGCUCUUACUGUGCAGGUCCUGGGAACAUGUGGGCCACUGGAGCCCAGUGGUGUUGAGGACAUAGAAUCAGCAGCUGCUGGGGUCGCGAGCCGCGCGGGCCCUUCCUGCUCUCGGUCUCACCCUAAGGGCUAAGGCCACCAAGAAAGGCCAGUUCCCGAGUAGGUAAAGGGGCGGUGCCCCACUGGGGAGGUGGGGGGUGUCCCAGAGCUCUGUAAAGUCCUUUGGCCGCUAGCAGUCAGAGACAUUGUGGCCUGGAAAAGUCUUUCUGCCAGGAAGGAAAUUGUCUCUACCCUCACUCUCUUGAAGUGUGGGCAUGAAAUAAGGUAGGCUGUCUUAGGCGCCCAGCUCCCUGUGUGAGCGUCACCGGAAGGUGCAGCUAGAUAAACUCGGCUAGCCCUCCCCCAACCCUCCUCACCUCGCCUCCAGGGGUGAGUCCUCAGUUUCUGCUUUUUCCUUUCUUUCUUUUUUCACAUGGACCUCCAACCUCUUGCUUUCCUUAGCCAAGCCAGCUACGUUUAUCUGAUAAUUGAGUUAUUAAAAGAUUUGGUUUCCUUGGGCUUAUAAAUCAAUAAACAGUAGGAUUAACACAAGAGUUUGCCUUUUAAGUCAAGGAAAACGUUUAAGACCAGACCCUUUGAGUUUUGUUUUCAAACCAAACAGGCGACUUGCAGGCCCCUCCUCUGCUCUGCACUCUGUAAGUUUUAUGCCCUACUAAGUCUUGGGGUUCCAAACCAAAAUAGCUAAAGACUGGAGUAAGCCUGCAACCGAGUUCCCUGGAGAUUCUUCCAGGCCUUGCUUAGCGAAUCUUUCCUGCCUUCUCCUACUUGCAUUCUGUGUUUCAUGGAGUUUGUUUCCAGGUGAGGAUUCCAUCUCCAGGGACCUUAACUUCCACCCCAACUAGGAAAUAAUUUUCUUCUCUCCCUUUCCCCGAAGUAUCUUGCACAUUCUUUCGUCUACCCCACCUCCUCACCCCUAGUUUUCUCUACCCCCAUAUAAAGAGCCCAAGAGGCUUUCAAAGAUCCGAUGUUUGUUUUCAUUGGCCAAGGAAACCACUUUCUCUUAAGCAAUUAUUUCAUAUCCUAUGAAAACUUUGGUCGAAUGGAAAACCCCAAACCCUAACUUAUCUACAUACUUCUUCGUUGGGUAAAAGACUCAUCCCUAGUUAGAGUUGAGUCAUUUGAUAUCCUGUCCUUGCAAUACAUUAUGUGGAAAGGAAAUGAUGACUUUAAACCAUUCAACACUGCCUCAAGAGCUCCCACAGCGGUUCCCUCUUUUGCUGAUGCAUAUUAAAUUAUUGGUGAAAGAAAAGAAAGGUAUUGAAAUUCAUUCAUUUUCUUUAAGGAGAAAAUAAACGGCGUGAACACCAUUUCUUCUUUAAAUGUCAAAAUUGAUUCCCCUUUUGAGUUGGUCUCAAAUUCACUAACUUUAUUUUUACCACCCAGUCAAGAAAUACCAACGGCCUCUUCUUGAGAGCACUCUGGAGGGUAUCCGUGUUAAGUUUGUAUAUAUUUAUUUAUGCUUAAUUUAAUGGGAAUGUGUAAAUAUGAUGAACAAGUAGUUUGGGAUUAUUUAUCUGUGAAUCUAUACCUCUGUGAAUGGGUGGUUAAAAAGAAAAUCCGCUUGACCCUAGGUAGACUCCUAUCUGAAUUUUUCUGUUCUUUAUAGACAAGCUGUUAUGGUAUUGGGUAGAAAUUGGUUUAUUGUCCAGUGUUAAUAUGAUUUACAUAAAUAAAAAGAUUGUUGUGUUUU